AACUUCUCGCCACUGAACUACUCCACUUCAAUGCUUCUCGCAGUUGGCCGUCUUUGUAGAAUCAAACAACUAGCGAACUCGCUCGCUCAUUUUCCAAACGCCAUUUUUAUUUACGUACGGAUUUUGCAAGGGGGUGGGGGUCCAAGAAGAAGAAGAACAAGAACUUUCCACGCAGCAUUUACAAUUUAAUCCGAAAAAAGAAUUUAUAUCAUCACGAAAUUUGUGUGCUAUACACGAUGUAAAUCGAGACACUAAAACAUUGUGUGUGUCGUGUUAAAGUGAAAUGUAAUAUUCUUUCGCGUCUUCGUAAACUCUCAUUAAUGCAUUCGUUAAACAAUCGUGGUGUUCACAGCGAAAAUCUGCGAGUUUUACCAAACUGCGCUCCAAAAAAAAUGGAUUAUCGCCAAAAGAUGGUUGUAUCAAAUCCCCAAAUAUUGAAACACGAGGACGAAGAUGACGAAGAUUUGGAAACUUUGAGAUUAGCAGCACUUAAGUCGCUAGGAGCCAAACACACGCCUCAAAAUACUCAACAAUCGAUUUUGUUGUCACAACAAGUUAAAUCCAGAGUUCCGUAUCCUUCUUGUCAGCCUCACAAUCUCCAAAGACAAGUCAAGAGAGGAUACUACCAAAAUAGGGCUCCAAGGCAAAAUGGGAACACGUACUACCCAAGCAGAGUUAAUCAGAAUUUAAUCGAAAUAAUUCCUGUCGAAGAGGAAGAAACGUCUGGAAAUGAUUUACUUCGGUCUUAUUCAAAAGGAAUGAAGUUGGAUCCGGAGGAAGAUAGCCGAGGUGAUUCAAAGUUUUAUCGCUACAAAGAUGCGCCAAGUGGUUCCGAGGACGAGGAUAUUAAGGAACCGAACCGUAAUUUGGCAGCGUCACAAUCCUCGGAAAAAAGCGAGCGAUUAGAAAAAAGUGGAGGCGACGAGAGUGGAACGGAGCGAGAAGUUCAGAGUGGAGUCGAGGAAAGUCCGCGCGAUGAUACGGGUCAGGAGAGAAAUUCGAGCGAAGUUUUGCGGCAAAAGGCAGAAGAGGAGGAAGUAGAAGAAGAGAUCGAGGAAGAAGAAGAAGAGAUCGAGGAAGAGGAGGAGGAAGAGGAGGAGCAAGAAGAAGAGGAGGAGGAAGAAGAGGAAAAGCCUUCGAACGACGACGACGACGACGUCCUGUUGAUGGCGGAUCUCGAAGAGGAGGACAGUCUAGAGCGAUUGAUGGACGAGAUGGAGCGUGAGAUGAACACGAUUUACGAGAACAAAGCGCAAAAGCCUGUGAAAAAGGAGUCUAAAGAGUCGAAAAAAUCAAGCGAAACGCCGAAAGUGCGCAACCGGAAGUCUCGCGUAGAGCGUGAAACCGAAAGAAACGGCGUGACGAGUAGCUUGGUAUCGAGCUCGAGUAAUUUACAGACAUUGACGAAAAACGAGCGGAGGUCAGUGUCGCCGCGGGCCCCCAACAGAACGUCACAGAAACGGCGUUCGCUCUCACCGAAGCCGCGUUUGCGGAAAAAGUCGCCUAGAAGAUCACCCAGAAGAUCACCACCGCGAAUAUCUAAGAAAAACUUCAGAGAAGCGCCACGAAUGAGAUCGCCGCGAAAACUGUCGCCACCUUCGUCAAGAUUCUCACCCAGGCCCAGCGCCAGAUCACCGAGCAACCGAUCACCUCCUACUAGAAAAUUAUCGCCCAGGGUACGAUCGCCUCAUUCGAGAUCCCCGAGGAUUCGGAGAUCUCGCUCGCCUCGAUUAAUUUCACGCUCAAAAUCUCCAGUUUCUAGGAUCGUGAGGUCCCCCAAGCGCUCAAACCGUUCGAGAUCACCGAGGACCAUGAGAUCCAGGUCACCCAGAGCAAGGACGCCGAGAUCCAAGUCCCCGAGGGGUAAUUCACCGGUACGAACGGGUUCCCCGAGAUGUCGAUCGCCCAGAGUAUCACCCAGAAACAUAAUCACCCCGCCGCGUCUGAGGUCACCGAAGAUGUCGUCCCCGGAGAGGCGGAGAGGUUCGCCGCCCCCGAGAUUACGCUCACCGAUACGUCACUCGCCGCACAGAUCACCCUGGUCCUCGCCUCGUAACUCUCCGCGUCUCUCGCCUCGGAGGAGGAGAUCGCCCAAAGAAACGACGAGGAAACCACGCCACAGAUCCAUUACACCGGAGGAAACAGCCAACGUGAAUUACAAACGCGAAACUGCGUCUCCGCUGCGAAAAAAUUUGCCCUCUUCACCGGACAAUACUCGAUCGAAGCCCAAAUCGAAGGAUUCGCUUGUUUCGACGAGCAGUGGCUCCAAGGACAACACCGAAACCACCAACGACCCUGUACUGGAGGCGAGACGACGAAAGUUCGAGAGCACCAAACCCAUCGAUCCAAUCAAUGACAAUAAAAAAAUAAAACUCGGCAAGAGAGACUGCCCGAGCAAAGCUCGAGUCAACCCAACCGAAGAAACUGUCCAACAAAGCGUCGAGUCACCGAAAUUCCGUAAAACUCAUAAAAUCAUCGAGGACGAUUAUUCCGAUAUCGCUGAACCGGAUUUGUGCCUGACCGACGAUUACGUUUACGACGUUCUCGAGGACGUCGUCAGCGACGAGUCUUCCUCUCGCAACACCCUUGAAAUGUGCAUCGAAAUGUUGCCCGUUAAAGUCGAAAAGGAAAGAUCGAAGAAAAAAAGAAAACGGGAUAAGGAAAUUUAUCAAGUUGGCAAGCUCAAAGGCGAGUUGCCCCUUUCCGAACGCAUCGGGAAAGAGAAAAAAUGUAAAAAAAGGAAAGACCGAGUACCGACUCCGGUCGAGAGCUCCCCCGAGCAAGAAACCAUCGUAGAAGAUUUGCCCGUCGACGAGGAAGAAGCCGAUUUGCGAACAGAGCUCAGCCGUCGCAGAGCCGAACGGCUCAACCGAGCUGCUCCCAUUCAAUCCGCUCGACUUUUACAAUCGGCUUUCAAAGGCGUCGUCAACGAAGUGGCAAAAACCAACGCGAAAGUCAUACAGCGACACAUCGCCAAAGUCGAUGACAAAAAGAACAACAAAAAGGAAAUCAGGCGAGUCACCGUACUUCAUAGAACAGUCGCCGAUUUACCAGAUUCCGAGGACGAAGCGACAGUCGAUUCCAAGGUUCCGAUAAGAUUCAGAUUGGGGAUAAACAAACCAUCGCAGGAGAACAGCAGGGAGUCGAAGCAGGCAAGGAAAACUUCCAAGAGACAAGGUCGCAAGGUAAAGCAUAAAAAUAAUAUGUCAUUAACCGAUCAAGAGCGAAAAAAUUAGUGCGUAAUUAUACAUAAAUCCCUGGCCCUUCGCAGUGGAACUGUACAUAAAUGAUACGUCACACUGGUUCAGUGUGCGGUGCCUCGACCACGAUCAUGUUCGUACAAGCGGCUUACGAAAUUAUGUUUCUUUGUUUUUUUCUAUUUUCUCAGUGAUUCGGUGCGGAACUCACUGAAUGAAUGACCGCGCUGUGACGCGAUUGUUCAAUGAUCGCGAGCGUUGAGAAAUGUUAUCUAGUGAAAAUAACAAACGCAUCGUCAAUAUAUAUAACUCGAGAAUAAUACAAAUUUUUUUGUCUCUCAUAGAACAUUUACCAUUGAAAAUAAUGUUUGAAGUUAAGAGAGCUCUUCAAAGAAUUAUUUCCCGUCGAAUCAUCAACGAUUGUGCAAGUUUAUUACUAUCAUCGAUUCUUUUCCGUUAAUAAGCUAACGGCAUCAUUUUAUUUUCACAAUAACGCGAUCGAGUACUUUGACAGAUUUGCAUGUUUGACGUAUCCGCGAGAAGAGAGAGAGAUGCGCGUGUCCUUUUCUCGUAUUAUUAUUUCAAUAUUUCAAUAUGGGAUUAACGAGACAUUGAAAGAGCCGACGAAGCAUCGCAUAGUCUUCGAUUAGCUGUGUCAUUAAAUACGAAACCCAAGAUUCGUCUCACCCUGAAAUAUUUAACCGAGCAAUGCAACCAUGUGCCUUCGAGAUCGUUGCAACUGUCACAGACUAUUUCGGACGUCAAUCGUCCUCGGAAAACAAAGAGCAAAAUAUAAACGGCAAAAGGUACAGGAAGCGGGCCAAUGAAAUGAAUAUUACCUGAUUAUACCGAUAGAAGAAUUAUCGAGAUAAAUUAACGCCGAUUAUCUUCGGGGAUGCUGAACAUCGCCGGAUUCCUCGAUUAUUUCGAGUCUCUCGCGAUGUGUCACUCAAUUGAAAAAAAAGUAGUUAUCUCGACAGUUUUUUGAUGAAUCUCAUCGUCGAGCGCUCGGAGUCGACUGCAAACUCAGUAGCGAAGCACCUCGGAAAGCCAGUAUUUGAAAAGUCUGUCAUUACCAACUCCGGCGUAUCAAACAUUUUUUAUAAAUCAUCACAAUAACGCGAGGCAUAAUAAUGGAGCUUGAUGAGUCUUGCCAAAAUCUCGAGAUCCCUAAAAUAAUAGUAGCUACGUUCCUCUCGAUGAAAUAAGCAUGCAUCGAGCUUCGAAAUAAAAAUGAAUAUAUUUCUCUUUUGUUCAGGCCUAGAGUUAAAACAUGUCCCAUUGAAUCGAUUACGUAUUUGUGCGAAGAAGAAGAGAAACUCUAAGAAAUAAAAAGCGCGAGCUCGUUCGGAGCUGGAAAACGCUUGUAACGCGAGGAAGCAUAAUUUUUUUGUUUUUAUUCUUUUGUUUUUUCUUCAUUGUCGACUCGAAUCUUAGGCGUAAAAAAAAUUGUAGAACUCGUUUUAUUUUAAUUCUUCGUAUAAACAAUUGUAUCUAAUUAUUUAUUAUAAUUCAUCGCUUAGAGCUCUUGGUUAUGUAAAAUUGUAAUGAAAAGAAAUAAGCAACAACUGCAACACGCAAGUAAGAAAGAAAAAAGAUAUGAAUUUUGUGAAAUACGUGUAAAUAAUUUUCAUCACUCGCUCACUAAAUAAACAAAAAAGGAAAAUUUUAGUUAUAAAUUAUCUCCCGGAGAUAUACCCUUUACGCACCCGUUAUAAUAGGAUAUUUCAUUUAAGAUAUUGUACAAAUCAACAAUAACAAUUUGUAUAUAUUCAUAGUAUUUUUUAAUGUGCGGACCUGUAUGAGCGAUCUUUUUGUACAAAAAAUCAAGAAAUGUUUUGUAAAUGGAGUUUAUAGAACGUUUGAAUGUAACUAGACUUGAAACCGACUAUAUUUAAGAUUUGUUCUCAAGAUUAUCGGUCACUUUUAACAACGUUAUUCAAUCGCUUGUAGUUUUAAACCAAUCAAAUCCCAAACGAAUUGCGAACUCUCCAAUUACAAUGCGGUUUAUGCGUCCUUAAGGGUGUACUGGCUAUGAAACACUCUGUCCCGAAAUUUUGUUCUGCCUCCCAGUUUAUUCUCUUCAUCGAGCAUUGGUCUUAUAAAAUGUUUCCCCAUUUUUUUGUUAUUCCCUCAGCCUGAACGGUUAGGAAUAUUUGAAGCUUUACGGAAUUGAAAAAUUCCAAAAAUUUUUUAAGUUGCAGCAUUUAGAGGAUAAAAACUUUUAUUUUCUUUAUUUUUUACAUUUUUACAUUCUUUACAUUGUUUUAAUGAAGUUUUUGGAAUUUCAAAUAUGACGCAAUUUAAAAAAAAAAAAAACAAAAUUCUUAUUGCUAAACUCGAAAAUUUGUAUGCAAUAAAAUUUUCACUGGGAACCAUGUAAAACUGAGCCUCAGACCCAAAAAAAUGUCGCUUGUAUCAAUGACGCAGCAUUUGAAGAUAUUGAAUCUUGCAUAAAUCCCAGAAAAUAAUAAUUAUUAUUCAGACACGUGAAUUCGAACGAAAAUUGAUUUGUUUUAUGAUUGAAUUGAAGCAUCAGCAAUUUGAACGUUUUUAAGUAUUAAAAUCAUUCGAUAUUUUGCAGAAUAUCGGCCAAAUCACUCAACGAGUUCGAAUGAUUGGAACGAUUUGAAUAUUUGAAGAGUUGCGAGUAUUAAAAAAUUCUUGCAACGAUAAUUUUUAAUUCAUACCAUGCAAUUAGAGAAUCAAUUAAUUCAUCAAUUCAUUUAAAUUCAAGUCCAGAGAAAUUUGAUUAAUUUUAUUGUUAAGUACAUUCUCCGUACUGAUUUUGCUUCAAGCGUAAUUACGAAAGCUGCAGCGCCAUUGUGUUGCGAGUUGCGACGAUAAAAAAAAACUUUCGUAGUCCCGAAGAGACAUAAACAUUGUAAAGCCUAGUCAAAGAUUGAACUCAGCACGUUUAAAGUCUAUUGUAAAUUCGAUUACUGAAACGUGCGAAAUGAUUAUUCCUUCAUAGUUGUUCUCGAAUCAACGCCAGUGCAUCCCUACGAUGUGAACCUUUAGGAGGAAAAUGGACGCUCAACAGUAUUUUGUGAAGGUCGAAAAAUGAGAAAAAAUGGCGUUACUUUCCUGUCAAAUGUAAUGCUCCAUGUUCCUCCUCGCUGAUUUGUGAAAUUUAUUCCGGAGCAACCCCACCGACGUUCGACCGAGUGUUUCGAAAUAUUUUUGUCUUUUUUUUUCUCCUUUUGUAACUCGAGUGGGAAAGAAAUAGAAUUCUGUGGUAUUCUGUGAUAGAAAUACGUCGCGAUUGUUUUAUUUUUUUUUUAGGAUUUUAUUGCCGACGAUAUUUACGAUUAAUUUACCUCAAUCGACUUCUGCCACUGUGGUAAAUGCCUAUGAUCCGUUUUCUCGAGGUCAUUCGGAAAAAAAGUCCCGACAAGCUCCCAGCCCCGAACUCGUUUUCGUCACGAGGAACCGUUAAGUUUUUUUUCUUCCAACGUCACUCGAGCCACGGAUCGAUAGGUUUUUUGUCACAAAGAUUGUUAACUUAGCGUACGUUCCAAAAAAUAUUUUAUACACGAAAAAACUGUAUUUAUACGAAAAAGAAAACCAAACACUUUUUUCCUCUUUGUUCAACCACGUCCGAUUGCGGAUACGAGACUCGGUACCGAGAAAUAAUCGACGCGAAUUUUAACACACAAAACAAAGACGCGCGAUCGCUUACGUCGCACGUUAUACAGAAAAAAAAACGAAUACAAACAAAAAAUCAACUUAACCAAUUCUCUCAUUUCAGAAAAAAUAAACAAACGAUUAAUAAAGAAUAUUUUUUUAAAUA